CAUGGCAGAGGACGCUGCUAUCGGGGAGCCUCCGUUUGGCGAAGUGGCCGAUGUGGCCACAGGCUGGGUGUUCGAUUAUAUGUUCGCCCUCUUGUGCCGCUACUUCACUGCGGGGGACCGGGCGGAGGAAUUCCAGCGGACAUGUAGAGCGAUGGAAGUUCUUCUGGAAGCUAUGCCUGCGCUGGAUUCAGAGAAAAUUAAAGUUGUAGCAAUUGCGCAGUUCCUUACCCGUGUUCAGCAAGGAAAGCACCUGGACUCCCAGUUUGAAGCAGAUGAGACGCUUACACCUCUGGAGACUGCCGCCAUGGUGUUAUGCCAGUUUGAGGAAGAAGAAGAAAAUCUCAAGAAUCUUCAGGAAGAAAUAAAAACUUUAGUGAAAGUUCAGGCUGUAGCAGUUUGCAUGGAAAAAGGAAAAUUUAAGAUGGCGUCAGAAGUUCUUGACCGACAAUUUGACGAAUCGGAGGGGAGUAAGUAUCUAAGAAUGAAAUUGGUUAUGGUCAUCGGGAAGAAAGAUCCAUACCAUGAAUUCCUUGAGAAUUUUAACUACAGCAUAAUGUUGAAGAAAAUCAAAUCCUACAUCGGCCUUUUGUUGGCUAGGAGGCCUCCAGUUUUCUUAAUACAGGCAGCCACAAAGGUGGUAGAAGCCAAAGCAAAAAGCAAGGACAAUACCAAGACUGAAGAUCAGGAGCAUAAUAGACAGACCUGUGAAAGUUUGGAGAAGGGAGACAGAAAUUCUUCUAGUGAAUGUGAGCAAAUGGAUGAACAGAAGAACAGUGCUGAUGUACAAAAUUAUCAAGUAGGGGCUGAUGAUCAAAUGGAGGAAGAAUUACAGACUUCAGAUAAAACAACAGAGAGGUCUCAAAGGCGAUUAUUUUCCUUAGGAGUGGCCACACCGUGGCAUCCAGAUAAGCCAGUCCUUACCAGCAGGAUAUUGCAGAAGCCAGUUUUAAAAAAAGUAAGCACCGACGAUCAAGAAAACGUAUUGCCCACAAAGCAUGAAAAGCCCUCAAGUUCUGGAGCAAGCAAGAAAAAACAGCCCUGGACACAGAAUGAAGACAAAAUCUUGAAAAGAGGAGUGCAAAAAUAUGGUGUGGGGAACUGGCAUAAAAUACUUGCCAACUCUGAAUUCAACAACCGCACCGGAGUCAUGCUGAAAGAUCGGUGGCGAACAAUGAAGAAGCUGGACAUGGUCGAUGAUGUGUGA